CGCCAUUCUCAACACAGUGCGUUACUCAACAAUAUUAUCAUGCUUGAAAUUAGGGAUUUUUACUUGAACACUUUUUAUGAUUGGGAUUAGAUUACGUACGUUAUUUUCUCAAAAGUAUUGUUAUUUUCCUGUACACACUCGAUAUCUAUUCUCUAAUAUGUCUGUCAGUUAUUUAAGUCAGGUCGAAGCUCAACAAGUAGAUAAUGAAUUAUUUACGGAAUAUGCUUUCUCUGUUGAUCAGCUGAUGGAAUUAGCUGGUCUAAGCUGUGCUAUCGCUAUCAAUAAGGCUUAUCCCCUUAAUAAACUAACUAAAACCAAUGGUUCUAUACUUGUUUUCUGCGGACCAGGGAACAAUGGUGGAGAUGGUUUAGUUUGUGCUCGACACUUGAAAAUGUUUGGUUACAAACCUUCGAUAUAUUAUCCACGUAAUCCUCCAACUAAACAAUUAUAUAAAAAUUUAAUUAUUCAAUGUGAAAAAAUGGAUAUACCUUUUCUAAGUCAUUUGACAAAUGAAACCAAUAACUUAUCUCAAUCUUAUGAUUUAUUUAUUGAUGCACUUUUUGGAUUUGGUUUCAAACCUCCUGUAAGUCCAGAAUUCAAAAGUAUACUACAAAUUAUGUCAAUGAGUCAAAUUCCUGUUGUCUCGAUAGAUGUUCCAUCAGGAUGGAAUGUAGAAACUGGACCGUUAGAUAAUGAGAAUAAUAUACAACCAGAUUGUUUAAUUUCACUAACUGCACCGAAAUUAUGUGCUCAUUUCUUUCAAGGACAAUAUCAUUUCCUCGGUGGGAGAUUUGUUCCAGAUGCACUGAUGAAAAAAUACAAAUUAAAACUACCAACAUAUCCUAAUCAUGAGUUAUGUGUUUUACUGAAUUCCUCCAAUGAUAAGCAGUAGUUAGGCAAUAAAUUUACCAAACUUUUGUAAAUGACAUUUUCUUAAAAAAAUUAUCUUUUGUCUAGGAAGUUGCACGGAAUUUUGAUUUGUUUACUAAUAACACAACUAACUGCAGUAGCCUUGAUUGACAGAUUGUUUUUUUUGUGUACACUAUCAGAUCAUAUUUUUUAUCUCAGUUAUGUUAGUUUCCAUGUGAAUAAAAUACAUCAGUUUAUCGUAUAUCAUAAUUUUCAAAAGAAUUUUUGUCGCAAAUGUUACAUGUAGAUAUCUUGAAUAACACAAGUCUAUUAUUUUUAACAGAGGUAAGGAUGAAAUUAGUACUCAUUUUUAUUGUACAGGUUUAAUGUAUUUGUAGACAAAAUUAUUUACUGACUGGUUUUGGUUCUUAUUUAAUGCAACAGAAUAAUUGAAGACUGAUCUACGAAUUUAUUUAAUUACUG